GAACAUUUUAGCCAUAAUUAAGCAAAUUGCACUGUAGCUCGAAGUUGAUGUUGAACCAAGUGGUCGAGCAGGGGCGCCGGGUUGUCUCCCCUUGGGCUUGAGUCCAGAUCCCGGCAAAUUAGUUAAUUAUCGUUUUACUUCGUUGCAAUGGAAGCGGGAAUUUUCUUCCCCCUCACUUCAAUUCCAUGGACUUUCAAUUUCAAGCGCACUCACUCUUCCCUUCGCCCUUCUUUCCCGCUCAUCGUAAGGGCUUCUUCUUCCACUUCACAGCGAAGUUACAGAGGCCCGAAGCCUUCAACUAAUUUGGUGGCCGACUGGGUUUCCAACAACGACGAUACCGUUCGGAGUUUGCCCAUUUACGUCGGUGGAAUUUCUCUCUUGAUUGUCCUCUUUAAUCGCGCCGUUUCCGGCAUUGCUCCCGUCGCCGAUGCCAGCAGUUCACAGUCAAGAGCUGAUCUGUUAACCCUAGGACUUGCUGUUACGAAUGUCUUGGCUGGUUUGGUGUGGCUGUCGAUCAGGCCGAAAUCUAUAACACCGGUAAAUCCACUAGGAGUGGAAAAUGAGAGGAUUUGCUCCAGUCUCCCUGAUCGUGUAACAUCUGAGUUGUUAUGGGUAUGGAAGUCUCUGUCAGAAGUAACGUGCUGCCGGUCUCUGGUUGUUGUUUAUGAUGGCACGUGUAUAUUUCAAGUUGGUUUUGCUGCUGAAUCAGCCGAGGGUAAUGGUGAGGCCGAACAUGUUGAAGCUGGUAAACUGAUGCAGGGAUCGCUCUAUAAGGGAGUCCUCAAAUCUCAAGCUCAGAGCUACUUGGCCAAUCUCUCUCUUUAUCCAGGGAAGUCGGAGCUGCCAUUUCUUCCCUCAAAUACUCAGGCUGUAAUCUUGCAACCACUUGGGGAGAAGGGAAUUGCUAUAAUUGGCGGCAACACUAUUAGGGGUUUCACAACUUCUGAUCAGGCAUGGAUUUCAUUCGUUGGAGAGAAGCUGGAUGCUACUCUGUCGAAGUAUUCAAAUAAUUUUCAACCGGCGGCAAAAUUGAGCUCAAAGGGGAACUGAAACCAACGCAAUAUGGUUAUUAGUUUGGACAUUUUAUUGGUUUUCAAUGUUUGUUGAACCCUAGGGUUGGAAAAGAAAUAAUAUUGAUGUGAAAGGCAGGCGAAGUAGCUCCACUAAGUAGUUGAUGUUAGAUGUAUAUGUAUAUUCGAUACAUAAUAAAUGCAAAAGGUUCUCCUUUUUCAAUUA